CCUUUAGUCAUCACAACUUCUUUCCUCUUCACUAAAAGUUAUAUACAUAUAUCUUGGCAUUUGGGCCAAACUACUCAUCGUUUAUUGAAAUUGUUUCAAAAUGGAUAUGGUGAUGAAGUUGGGAGCAAUAAAUGCUGUGGUGAUUUUUACCAAGAGUAGUUGUUGCAUUUCUCACAGCAUUGAAACCCUAAUCCGUAGUUUUGGAGCAAACCCUGCAGUUUACGAGCUCGAUGCACAUCCAAAUGGGAAGCAAAUAGAGAAGGCAUUGAUGGAUCUAGGGUGUAAGCCAAGUGUGCCAGCAAUAUUUGUAGGGAAAGAGUUAGUUGGUGGUGCUAAUGAGAUUAUGAGCCUUAAUGUGAGGGGCAAGCUUAAACAAUUGCUCAUUAGGGCUAAUGCCAUUUGGGUAUAGAAUUAAUAAUUAAUUAAUAAUGACUAGCUACGUAUAGAAAAUUUUGAUGAUAAAUUUACCUCUUAUAUAUGUGCUUAGAGAGUCUUUUUGUUAUCUCACAUUUUGCUUCUUUAUGUAUAAUUAAUAAAAGUUAUAGUUUGGU